AUGUCAGUUUCUAAUUAUUGUUAUAACCAAGUCCGUAGUAGCAGUCAUAUUGCUGAACUUUCUCCGCUAUGUAUAAGACAUUUUAAAGAGAAUUCUCAUAACAUUUUUGAGAAAAAGCUACUAUCUCCAUGGACGAAACGGACCACAUUUCAAAAGAGAUCGACAUUUCAAGAAGAAUUAAUUCAUUAUGGAAUUGUACAAUUUAAAAAAGAGAAUUUUGUAAAAAAAAGGGAUACAGAUAAUACAACAAUAAAAACAACAAAAAGAGAGAAGGAAAAGAGAAAGAAACUCAACUAUAAAGAAUUAUUCAAAGAUCCACCACAAGCAAAAAUAAUGGCUGACGGAUGGCCAGAUAAAAAUAUUUAUGAUCCUGCUAAAGAUAAAAUGUUUUGGUGGCGUAAUGACCCAGUAUUAAAUCAAUAUCAUGAACAUUGGCAUUUAGUUAUGCCUUCCGGAGAAUACAAUGGGACUACAAAAGAUAGAGAAGGAGAAAAUUUUAUUUAUAUGCACAGAUACAUGUUGGCCAGAUAUGACGCAAAUCGUUGGUGCCUUGGAAUGCCGCUCGUAGAUCCAUUGAAUGAUUACGUUCAUCCGAUACCUGAAGCUUUCUAUCCCCCUCCAUUCUUAUCACAGCCUAUUGAUGGACGACCGGAUGGUGUACGGGUUCCUUUCCCUGCUCGUCCUCCUAAUCAGGUCUUUCGCGAUAUUGUUACAAUGGCUGGUGGUAACACCGAAAUUGUAAUCAGCGUUAAAGAUUUAACAUAUAUGCUGGACGAACUUGAAAUAUGGAUUGACGGUAAAACAGAUCAGGUGCAUCCAUUUAAAUUAAACUUAACUGACGAUGAAGCAACAAGCUUGGGCAGUGAUAUCGAAGUCGUCUUACAUAAUAUUGGUCACAACAUGCUUGCUUAUAUUAUGCAUCCUUAUACAUUACAUGAUAAACAUGCUUAUUGGAUUGAAAUUGAUAAAUUCAAGAGAACUUUAGGACCUUAUGAAAAAACUGUCGUUUCACAAAGAUGUGAUCAUGCGGUGGGAAUUCGUAAGCCAGCACAAAAAACGACAAAACAAAUGGAUGAAACAGCAAUCACACCAUGGAAAAAAGAAAAAUUGGAUCAAUUUAAUUUAGCUCAAAUCGCGGAAAAAUUAUUCUGUGAUUGUGGAUGGCCUUAUAAUUUAAUUAUACCACGUGGAAGUAAAAAAGGAUCAACAUUUAAACUUUUCGUUUAUGUUUCCGAUGGUACGAAUGAUUUUGUAAGUACUGAUACUCAAUGUGGUAGUACACUAUUAUGUGGAGGUGAAAAAUGGACGGAUAAAGUUCCUGAUAUCAAACCUUUUGGUUAUCCUUUUGAUAGACCUUUUAAAGAUGGUUCUUUUUAUAAAACUUUCCAAGGCAUGAAAAAUGUUGCUCAUACUGAUAUUACAAUUAAAUGGGUUGAGGAUUUCCCUGAAGUAUAA